AUCCUGUAACUUUCACCACGGCUGUGAAACCAAACACUAGCAGUGCGAAAGAGCCUGACAGACUGAACCCAGGCGAGAAACUUCUUCUCCCAUAACUGUGUAUUGAUUGAAACAGUUGCAUAAUCAAUGCUGUCGCUGGUGUGUUGCGGAACAAAUAUUAGCUGUUUUCACUAAGGAAAGGUACGAUCCGAUUAUAAUUUACAAACAUGCGGGAUUCAGGUUUUCCUUUAAAAGUACUUCGUUUGGUUUUAUGCCAGGCUGCUGCAAGUAGUUGCGGUCAGGCAAACUUAACCAGCAUGUUGGCACCACAGGCGGAUCGGGUCAUGGCACUUGGAGAAUGGGAGGAACGCUGGCAGGAGGACAGAAUUGGUUUCCAUCAGCAUCAUGUACACAAGAUGCUGGAGAGCCACAUUGAUAAAGUUCUUGCCGGACGGACAGGAGUUCGCUUCUUCUUCCCUCUCUGUGGGAAAGCUGUAGAUAUGAAAUGGCUAGCAGACAUGGGCCAUUCAGUGGUUGGCGUGGAGAUAUGUGAAAAGGCUAUAAAACAGUUCUUUGAGGAGAACAACAUGACUUACAGCGAGGAGCCUGUCCCUGCCAUACCUGGAGCAAAGGUUUACAAGGGUUCAGAGAGAAAUAUCUCCCUAUAUCAAUGUGACCUUUACAGCUUCUCCAGUUCCAUUGCGGGUCAGUUCGGGGCAAUCUGGGACAGGGGAUCUCUAGUGGCCAUCAACCCCAGAGACAGAGAAAAGUAUGCCGCUCUCAUAAUUUCUCUAAUGACCAAAGACUGCAGAUACCUUUUGGACACUAUGUUGUACAAUCCUGAACUAUAUCAAGGUCCUCCCUUUUUUGUGCCUGAUGAGCAACUUAGCAGCCUGUUUGGGAACAGCUGUGAUAUAAAACUGCUGCAUUCUGUGGGUGCUCUGACAGACAGACAACGAGGCUGGGGGCUGGACGACCUGACCGAAAAUAUUCACCUCAUCAUUCCAAAGAGCAUUUAAAAAGUAACUUGCAUGUUAAGAGAGCUUUAGAAGCGCAAAUCUUGGGCAUUUAUUUGCAAACACUGGUCUUUCUUUAAUGCUUUCAUAUCUUUUUUAAUAGUUAUAUUGUGGAGGGGAAUGAAGUGGCAUGAAAUUAAAAUGUAAGGAGAAUAUCAAAACUGUUUUAAACUCAUUUUCAUAAAGCCUCUAAGAACUAUAACGUAUAAAGUUUUGAAUGCCUGACAAAAUAAAACUUAUUUUGUAACAAGA